AUGACCGACACCUUUCAUAACAACAAUAACCGUUACGAUUCUGCAAAUGACAGCAAUGCUAUUCCUGAUUUGUUUCCGCCGUUGGGAGAAGCUCUCCAGUUUGAUUCCAUGACCAUAUCCACUCACCAAGACAAGCAUUCUGACAACGCCUCGGAUGAUGUCCUCUGGAAUGAGUAUCGCAACAACAACAACAACACGACGAGCUCGUCAACACCACCCAUCCAAUCUUCAGUCGCCAGCUCUAGCAAUAGCAACAACAAUAAUAAUAAUGCAACGGCUGAAUCAUCUUCUGGAGGUGUAUUCAACAUCUCAUGGGGUGGUGGCAACGACCGCCCACCUGCCGAAUUACAUCUUGAUCAAGAGACUGAACUUGUAUCUCGGAAACCGCUGCCGAAACCACGUGGUGUAAGAAGGCUCCCUGAACCUGAACCAGCAGAGGAUGGCACUUUAGAUGAAGACACUUUGCGACGUCGAAGGAACACCUAUGCUGCUCGUCGAUCUCGCAUGAAAAAGUUCCUCAAGAUUGAAUACCUUGAAAACAGGGUGAAUCAACUUCAAACGGAAAAUGCAAAGCUGGUUCUUAAUAAUGCAUUGCUUGAAUCUGAAAAACGAGGUUGGGCCGCCAAGGAAGCUGAAUACAUUCGACGCCUAAAGUUGCUUGAAGAAUCCUCUCAAUGCCAUCAUCAUGACGCUUGA